AUGGCUACAAAUGUUGUGUUUUCAAGAUUAAGAAGGCUAGAGAAGAAUGAACGGUUGGAUAAUGAUUUAUCAUCAUCUCAUGACGAAGUUCAUGUUUUAGCCGUUGAUGACAGUUUUGUUGAUAGGAAAGUCAUUGAGAAAUUGCUCAAAAUCACUUCUUGUAAAGUUACAGUUGUGGAUAGUGGGAUGAGGGCUUUGCAGUUCUUAGGACUGGAUGAAGAAGAAAGUUCUGUUGGUUUUGAUGGUGGUUUAAAGGUAGAUCUGAUCAUCACAGAUUAUUGUAUGCCUGGAAUGACUGGCUAUGAAUUACUGAAGAAAAUCAAGGGUUCAUCUACAUUUAGAGAAAUUCCAGUUGUGAUUAUGUCAUCUGAAAAUGUUUUAACUCGGAUUGACAGAUGUUUGGAAGAAGGUGCGGAAGAUUUUAUAGUAAAACCCGUUAAGUUAUCGGACGUAAAACGUUUGAAGAACUACAUGUUUGGAGAGGGUCGAAUGAAGAGUCAAGAUACAGGGUUUAACAAGAGAAAAUUACGAGAGACUUCGCCAAGCCCAUCACCUUCACCUUCUCCCACAUCUUCCAUUUCACCUGAACCGUCUUCCGAUUUGUCAUCAACUUCUUCACCAUCAACACCUCGCUCACCCACAUUUCUAGAUUCUCCAACCAGACGGUUCAAAUCGAGCAAUCAAGAUUAA